GGAGCGGAAUUGACGUUUUUAUUAUUAUUAUUAUUAUUAUUAAAUAUAUAUUUAUAUUUCGUUUUAAUUUACAAGUUUUUGGCCAUCAUUAAUAUAAUUUUUUGUAAUAUUUUUAUACCGUUUUAUACAACUGUGUUACGUAAAUUGACAUAAAUAGUAUUAAAGUAAUCUGACGACAACAAGCGCGGGGGGGCGUAUUUAAGUUUGAUUGAAGUUUUACGGAGUUUGACAGUUCGUGGGUUCGAAAUUUGAAAUUUGACGUUUCGAGGAAGAUGGCGGAUUGUGUGUUCGUAUGUUUCGCCGGGUUCGUCGACCUCGCUGGGCGGCAGUAGGAUGCUCAACUUUCAAAAUAUUUGACGUUUGCUUUACCCAUGCGGCGGUGACGCGAUGUCGGUGGCGCCGGCGGUAAAGCGCGAGCGCGAGUGUGAGAGCGGCGGCGGCAGCCCGGGCCGCAAGCGCCGCAAGCAGGCCGCGCCGGCGCGCGCGCAGCCGCCGCCGCUCGACCUGCACGCCAAGAUGCAGGACAUCUACAAGAGCGCGCUCGCGUUCGGCGAGCUCACGCUGCCCGCCUUCGACCCGCUCGCCGCCUUCCGCCUGCUGCCGCGCCACGACCCGCCGCGCAUCUUCAACCCCGAGGCGUACUGCGACUUGUGCUGCAAGGAGUUCUGCAACAAAUACUUCCUCAAGACGCACCGCGCCAACAAGCACGGCAUCUACGACGGCGAGCCGCCCGCGCCGCCCGCGCCGCCGCCCGGCUCGCCGCCGCGCCGCUUCUCCGACGACGACUCGGGCGGGGCCCCGCGCCGCCUGUCGCCCGACUCGGCGCGGCGCGCGCGCGAGGCCGCCUUCCAGCCCGACGCGCUGCGCCGCCUCGGCGUCGCCAACCCGGAGGCCUUCUGCGAGAUCUGCUGCAAGGAGUACUGCAACAAGUACUUCCUGCGCACGCACCGCGAGCGGCGGCACGGCGCGCCCGCCGAGCGCUCGCCGCCCGCCGCCACGCCCCCCGCGCCCGCACCCGCGCUCGCGCUCGCGCCCGCUCCCGCGCCGUCCCCGCCGCGCGCGCUGUCGCUCCCGCCGCCCUACGACGACGAGCCGCAGGUGAAGCGCGAGCGGGACGAACGAGACGAGUUCGAGGCGGCGCUGCGCGAGGGGCAGACGAGCCCGCUCAACCUCAUCGUGGAGGAGCGCGGCGGCGCGUCGCCCGGCUCGGCCAGCGAGGAGCUGCGCAAGCUGCAGACGAUGAUCUCGCAGCUCAACGAGCUGGCGGCCGAGCGGCUGGCCGACGAGCCCGACGCGCCGCGCGCGCCCUCCGCCUCGCCGCCGCCCGACGAGCGCCGCACGGGCGCCGCCGGCUCCAGCUUCUGCGAGAUCUGCAACAAGGAGCUGUGCAACAAGUACUUCAUGCGCACGCACAUGCAGCGCAUGCACGGCAUCUCGCUGGAGAGCGGCACGCAGCUGGGCGGCGUGACGUGCGACAUCUGCCACAAGGAGCUGUGCAGCAAGUACUUCCUGCGCGUGCACAAGCACAACACGCACGGCGUGCCCGCGCCGCCCGCGCCCGCCGCCGCGCCGCCCGAGCCGUGCCCGCUGUGCGCGCGCCGCUUCCGCGGGCCGCGCGCGCUGCGGGCGCACCUGCUGGCCGAGCACGCGCCGCCCGCGCGCCCGCCGCCGCCGCCCGCGCGCCCGGAGCCGCCGCGCGACAGGCCGUACGCGUGCGCCUACUGCCCGUUCACCACCGACGUGCUGGCAUUCCUGUUCGCGCACGAGCGCGCGCACGCGGCGCCCGAGGAGGCGGAGGCGGGCGCGGAGGCGGCCAGCGAGGGCAGCGGCUCGGCGUCGGGCGAGGACGCGUACUCGUGCUCGCGCUGCGAGCUGCGCGCCGACAGCUUCGCGGCGCUGGAGGCGCACGUGCGCGCGGCGCACGGCGGCGGCGCGCUGCUGGCCGUGCCGCGCGCGCCGCGGGCGCCGCUCACCAUGCAGCCCUUCGUGCUGGAGGAGGCGGGCGGCGCGCUGAGCCUGCUGCCGGCGCUGGUGUUCCUGCCGGUGCGGCGCCGCGCCACGCGCCGCGCCACCGUGACGCUGACGCUGACGCCCGCCUGAGCAGCGACCGUACUGAUACUAUAACGCUGUGUGCCUUCGAGCGGUCGCUCGCCCGAUCGUUCCCGAGGAGCUGUCCGCGGCCGCCCCGAGCGGUGGCCCCGUUUUUUAUUUGACAGAGUCUAACUUCGUAUAUUGAGAAUUAUAUUCACGGGUGAUAUAUGAAACGUUGCCGCUUAUGAAUCGGUUAAUUUAUUAUCUCCUCGACGUUGGGUCGGUCCGAGACGAGUUUUUGAAACGUCGAUUUCGAUCGGGAGAAGAAAUACACCCUAGGCUUAGUUAUUAUUAUUUACGAUAUGUAUUGUAUCGGUGAGUGCGCACUCCCGUAGUCGUAGUGUGAGAUGUUGGUCACUACGACCCAGUACGACCGCUCUACCUCACUAGUAAGCUGUUAUGUAUUGUUUGAGUCGAUGCUCGCCGCGGACGGAGCCGCACGUCAGCCACUCGACACUAUUACCGUCGUCUAGGGACGACCUAAGCACAAAGAUACGUACUAUUGGGCAGUGAUCAACAUUAAACGUAAUGUUAGCGUAAUGUGGCGCGGCCCCGCGGCGCAGUUACGGGUAUGUUGCGGCGGCGGGCAGAGCCCCCGCCCGCGCCGCGGGCCGAGCCGGUAUAUUCUAUUUAUUUACAUAGUCAUUUAUAUUUAACUUAAUACGUUACUGCGGACGCGUCCUGUUCGUCUCUUGUAAGGCAUUAUAUAUUCGGUUUUUGUACAUAUUCCAUUUCGAAAAAGUUAACUUGAAUUUAUGUGGAUUGAAAGCCAUUUGUUAUAACAAGAUAUAAGAGUGAGUAGAUGGCGCUAUGUCCAUUCCAUACAAAUUCAAAUUUACUUUUACACGAUAAAAUAGAUGAGAUAUCAAUGGGGUAUCAGAGUUUUCUCUGUGACAUUCAAAUCACACAAAUUGUGACUUCACAUGUAUACUCCUCAAAUGUAUGAAAAGGUGUUAAAUAAUACAUUUGAUAGAUCAAUACAUUUGUAGCCAUAAGUAUUGCCAGUCAUAUGAAAUAAUUAGUGAAUUAUCUUCUCCAAAGGAGUAGGACAGUAAAAGGUUGGAAAAUCAUCAGCAAUUAACAGGUGUAGUUAAGUAAUAAAAUUUAAAAGCAGCGAUACAAAUGAUUAUGAUGUGAAGAUUAUUAUCAAGGAAUUGGAAUCAUUACAAUUAAUAACAAAAUAAAUUUAAAAACAAUUAUAUUGUGGGGAGUUUACUCCUGCGUAGAGUGAAAAAUUAAUAUAUUUAUAAUUCAAUGUUCAAUAAAUCGUUUAAAAAAAGGGUACCCGCUUUUGAUGCACGCGUGAAAAUAUAAGUU